AUGCCAAAAGAUAAUUUGGAAGGGCUAACGUUAAUUGCACAUUUAGGACCUGAUCCAGAUGAUAUGCUCAACCAGGGUUACACAGAUGCCCAGGGCAAAUUUCAAUUGUCUGGUGGAACCACAGAAACAACCCAGAUAGAUCCUGUGCUGAAAAUUUACCACGACUGUAAUGAUGUCACACAAGUUGGAGGGGUAGCUAAAACUUUUACUAUUAAUCUGUUUGUGUUGCAGCCUGGAAGCCGUAAAGUUACCUUCGCUCUUCCCAGUAAGUACGUUACGAACGCAAAACAACCCAAAACUGUUAUGGACAUCGGAACUAUCAAUUUGGAGUUGAUAUUUCAAGAAGAAGGAAGAGAGUUUAUUGUUAGUUGA